AUGCACAUUACAAUGAAUACAGCGAAUGAAUAUAACGGGGUGAAGAAAAGUCCUCGAUCAGAUAACUCAGAAGAUUCGGAUAUCGAAGAUGAUUUGUUUGAUAGUUCAUUACUAGCAGAUUCACCAACACCAUCAGAAGAAUGCAACAGUAAUGUGAAGUCACGAGAUUUUAAGCCGGUGAUAGUGACAAAAUUAUCAGCUGAAACUUCAUCAUCAUCAUCACUCGCGGAAACUUCUUCAUCAUCUGCAGGAAUGUUUUCGGGAAUGUGUAAUACUUUUGAUCCAUUACAAUUUGAUCCCCUUCGGUUGUUAAUGAAUCGUUCUCUGAAUGCUGCAGCAGUUUUGAAUCCAAUUCUUGGUCAAUCCGCGGCUAUGCUUAAUUUGCAGCAGCAGUUAUCGAAGCAUAUGUCGUCAACGCUAUCUCAUGCAAGUACGAAGCAAAGUCUAGGCUCAUCAUCUUCAGCCACACAAAUCCAAGAAGAUCGCGAUGAAGCCACAAGUACUUGCCAUCUUCAGAAAGAUCGCAAACGAACAGCUGACAGGGAUAGGACUCUUGUGGCACCAAAGCGCUCCAAAUUGCUUAUUGACGAGAUUUUGAAUCUGAGAACAAAUAAUGAAGAAGAUUCUGUGAAAGCAGAGGAACAUCUGAUUGAUGGCUCAUGUCACAUGGAGAAUCGCUCUCCUUCUUCUUGUAAAGAGCAAUCACUGCAGCAGAAUUUAGCAACUAAAGAUGAAGAAAACGAGUUAAUAAAUGAUAACUGUGUAAAAAGCAAAGUACUAAUGACCGGUAGUAAAAGUAGUUGCGAUAAUAGCAAUAGUUCUAGACGUUAG